AUGAUUGAGUGGACAGGAAUCGCUGCUGCAUGGUUGGAAACAUUGGUGGAUGUAGCUGAACGUGUGUCUUUGGAAUCAGUAAAGCAGUAUAUCGUACCCGUUGUUCAACAACAAGCAGAACCAGCGCAGCGGGUACAACGGCGAAUCAUAGCAACCAAGUUGUUACAUAAACUUGCGGAUAUUCUACCAUCCAAUGAGGUACGUAAAGAGUUAGGCCCUUGCGCACAAAUCCUUUGCCAAGAUUCGAACUCUAACGUCCGAACAUCAAUGGCACAACGGCUACCUGUCAUCGCUAGAGCCUUGAAAAACUCAUCAGACGCAGUUUCGCUUUUAUUACCAUGUUUCGUGCAAUUAUAUCAGGAUGAUGAUGUCACAGUCAAGGAAGCUUGUAUGAAUAACAUUGCUCAAUGUAUACCGCAUUUCACUAAUGGCAAGGAAGAAUUUUGUCUUGGAUUACGGAGCUACGUACUGAAAGAUGUUCUGGACCGUCUAGAUAUGUGCUGGAUACUGAACACAUACUGCAAAAUUGCUCAAAUCUCACAAACUCAAACCGAGAACACCACACAGCAGAUUAUGUUCACAAUGUGUCGACGUAUGUCUGCAUUCAAUCUACCUGUGAGUUGAUA